AAUUCGGUUUUAACCAAAUAUUUAAUUCAAGAAUCUUUUUAUUUUUCCAUUUGUCAAACAAAUAAAAUACAAGUAGAAGUACUGGUUACAAUUUGCUUGAAUGGUUGUACGUUGUGCUAUGACUAUUGUACUUCAGUUACUGGGCUGACUGUCAGGCGGAAAUUUGGUUAACCAGAGAGAUCCGAUGCGGAGGCAACCAUUUCUUCCGAUUUGUUAAUCCAAUUCUCAAGAAUUCCGCCAACCAUAUGGAUACGAAAACUACAGGGCUCGCCAAAUCGCACUCCCGUCCCCGGAGUUUCUUUGACGAUGACGACGAUGACGACGAGCACGAACUUCACUCCUUCGAUUUUCGCCCAAGUCGCUCCCACCAAUACGUCACUCUUGAUCCGACCAGAUUCAGAGACCGGAGUUCUAUAGCGGACACUGAUUCUCUCAAGGAUACUGGUGACAGAAUUGGGGCUUCAUUUGUUGCCGCAUUGAUUCAUGAGAUUGAUGGAAAGAUAAAGGAGCACAUGGAUACUCUUCUACACGCGGUGGGAGGACUAAAUGCUCGAGUAACUCAGAUGGAAACCAGAACUCGUCAGUUGGAGAACGCCGUGGAUGAGCUGAAGGACUCCGUUGAGUUCAACCACGGGAGGACAGAGGGGAAGCUUAGGGAUCUUCACAAUAUUCUAGAAGAGGUUCAAGGUGGUAUCUGUGAUUUGAGAGAUAAACAGGAGAUAGCAGAGGCUCAGCGACAGCUUGCUAAGCUUAAAGCAUCCCAGGUUGAGCAGCAAUCGGGAAAACAAAACAGUAGCAUUCAGACUGACUCAGGUGACAAAGUACCACCAUCUGUCCCGCAGCAAACUCAUCAGCCAUUUCCAAUUCCUGUGAAUCCACAACAGCCUUCUCCUCUACCUUCUGGCACCCUUCCAAACCUUUAUCAGAAUCUGCCAUCAGCACCUGCAGCAGCUCCACUGCUUCCUAACCAAUUGCCCCGAAGUAAACUUACGUCGCUUCCCCACCCUGAAUCUAACCAUCCACCAUCCACGUUGACUCCAGAGAUGACUUUUCCGAGAUAUCAAAUUCCAUCAACUCAGCAGAUGCAGCCACCAUUUCCUGAACUGCAUCAAUCACCAUCUCAACUUUCACCAAGUUUUUCAUCUCACCUGCCUCAACCGUGCCGACUUACUAGUAUGGUUAAUUCUCAACUCAACCCUCCAUUGGGCCAUCAACCGGAAGCUGUUUGUUAUUUGCCAUCUCAAAGUUUCUACAAAUCCUCUCAGCAACCUGGGAGGUCUCCACUAGCCCACCAUUUAUAUGCAGCUCCUGGCCACCACAUUCAAGAUCAACCCUCAGGUGGGCCUUACUCGGAGAUAAUAGCUGGAUAUUCACGACCGCCAGGGCAUUCUAUUGCAAACAAUGUUGGUCCUAUUGUUGCAUCUCCUUCUACCUAUUCUGAUUCCGCUACUAAACCCUCGCAACUCCCACCAUCUUCAUCAGGUAUCGGAAAUAAUUACUCACAAUUACCGACUGCCAAGAUAUUACCACUUGCUCUUCCAACUGCUGUUCCUGUGGAUGCUGUUUCUAGUACUGGUGAUAGUGGAAACAGGGUACCAAUCGAUGAUGUUGUUGAUAGAGUUGUUGCAAUGGGAUUCAGGAGAGAUUUGGUGAGAGCAACAGUAAGGAAAUUAACAGCGAAUGGGCAGUCAGUAGACUUUAAUGUAGUGCUGGAUAAACUGAUGAAUAGUGUAGACAAAUGAUAUUAGAAAUGCUAAGCCUCACGAGUGGAUGCUGUACUGUUUCCAGUGUUUAGAUUGAUUUAUUGUGUAUAGAAUAUGUAGAAAUAUAUGCAUCUACAUCACUUCAUCUUGAUUUCUCUGUAAAGCUACAUUGUAUUUGUGAAUGUUUGGUACUGCCCCCUCACUUGUCCACGCAACUUCCUGCUCCU